UAAAAGAAGCUAAUGGAUUUUUCAGGGCCAUAUUUGGAUUACGUACUCUCAGCAGAAGUUACACAAUGAUCGUCUUUUUGGUGUCCCUUCUUGGAUUUAUAUUUGGUGCGUUAAGUACAGAAGAAGCCUGCCUGUACAAAGCUGAACAGGACUGUAAUUACUACAGUAUAAUACCUCGUGAAUUUCCACGCAAUGAAGAAGAAUUUAAAAAUGCUUGCACUCACUUGAAUCAAACGAAGCAAUGUAUAGACGAAUCCGCAAGAAACUGCAGCGCAGAAGAUGUUGAUUACUUUACUGAAAAUGACUAUAUUCGACUUCGGCGUCAGCUGAAAGAUGCACAAAGGAUGAUCGACGUGACAACAGAGAUUUGUCAAGAAGACUCUGAACUUCAUGCAAAUUUUGUGCCAGACAUACCUUGUUAUUCUGAAAUAUUCAAUACUAAUGAUAAAAAGCAGUACUGCCGAGAUUACUCGGAUAACGCUUUUAAUCAUAUCCGAACUCAUUUAAAUACAAAGCUGCAAGGAAGGGAUAGUGAGAACUUCUUAUAUUCUUACUGUCUGCAUGUGUUAUUUGAUAUGAAUUGCUUCCUGGAGAAGUUUACCGAGAUGUGCAGUUCUUUGGCCAAAGACACGACCAUAGAACUCAUAGAGAAAGCUGGGAGCUUGGAUGACCAGUGUCCAGUUUCUAUUCGUAUUGAUAUUUUGGAACUGCUGGAUUCCUUGAAAUUGGUAACAGGGAAAGAAGUACUUGUGAAGCAAUUGCUAGAAACGAAUUCAUUUUUCUAGUAAAGAUGCUAUUUUUAUUUUUUUUUCAACAAUAAUUGCAUCUGUACAAUACAUUUCAUAUUUUCAAUUUCAAUUAAAGGAAUACCUUGUAAAACAUUUCAAUAAAUUCUGAAAUAUUUUUAAAA